GAGACGGGCCGGGGGCUGUGGGCGCCAUGAGCAAAGCGCACCCGCCCGAGCUGAAAAAGUUCAUGGACAAGAAGCUGUCGUUGAAGCUGAACGGCGGCCGGCACGUGCAGGGAAUCCUGCGGGGCUUCGACCCCUUCAUGAACCUGGUGAUCGACGAGUGCGUGGAGAUGAUCAGAGGUAACAGCUCUCACCUUUCCCCCUUCCAGGUGAUCCGAGGGAACAGCAUCAUCAUGCUGGAAGCUUUGGAACGAGUAUAAACCCCAGGAAAACCCCAAACCCCCGACCCACAAGUUCCUCUCCCUUGUCCAAGACGCCGCUCACGAGUGUACAAUUAUUUUGUUUUUGUUAUUAAAUCAAUUUUGUAAUGAUUGAUCUAA